AAAACAAGAAUUUGCACGUUGUUCCUUCGACUACCAUCCAGCAUAUACCUUAACUUUGUGACACUUUGGGAGAGUCCACAAGAUGUUGGCAUCACGAGUCUCCACAGUUCAGCCACUGCACUCGACGGACCCAAUGGCCCACUCACUCACCCUCACGCUGUUUCCUGCCACCACUUCCUCCUUCCGUCUCCGCCACAGUGUCGCCUACGCCGUUAAACCCCUCACUCUUCGCUCCGUCACUCGCCGUUUAACACUCUCACCCGUUAGAGCCUGUGACACAUCCCAACAGAUGGGUGGUAAUGGAAGCAAACAGAGGAAGGGAUUGAUUUGGGUGCAGCCCAUUUUGAAAUUUGCUAGGAGCAAUGUAUUACCCUUGGGUGCUCUUGUUGGUGCAGUGGCAUUAGGAUUGGCAUGUCCUAGUCUUGGUUGUGCUGCAGAUAAAUAUAAUGUGUCAAAAAUUGGUCCAUUUGGAAUUUUUGUUAUCUCAGGAUUGAUGUUGCGUAGUGAAGAAGUCAGUGCAGCUGUGGAAGCAUGGCCUGUUGGACUCUUUGGACUAGUGUCUAUUUUAUUCCUUUCACCAUACUUUUCCAGAAUAAUAUUACAAAUUCAGCUCCAACCCCAGGAAUUUAUUACAGGACUAGCUAUAUUUAGCUGUAUGCCGACUACAUUAUCAAGUGGUGUUGCACUUACCCAGCUUGCAGGUGGAAAUUCUGCACUAGCUCUUGCGAUGACAGUAAUAUCUAACAUGUUAGGAAUAUUGAUUGUUCCACUUUCCAUCACAAAAUUUGUAGCUGAUGGAGUUGGUGUGACUCUACCUACCAAGCAGUUAUUUAAAAGUCUUGUUCUGACCAUAUUAAUUCCCCUUAUUUUGGGAAAGGUUCUACGUGAAUCUUUUAAAGGUGUGGCUGACUUUGUUGAUAGAAACCGCAAGCUUUUCUCAUUUAUCAGUGCACUUUUCCUUAGCCUAGUACCUUGGAUACAAGUGAGUAGGUCGAGGCCACUGCUGUUAAUGGUGAAGCCCAGAGUUUUUCUUGUAGCUAUUGGACUGGGAACACUUCUUCAUCUGACAUUGUUGGUAUUCAAUAGCAUUGCUGUCCGGAGUAUUUCUGUUAUCACUGGUGGUAGAAAAUCAAUUUUUUCGCAGGAAGAAAAUGCCAGUGCACUCGUACUUGUUGCAAGCCAGAAAACAUUACCAGUAAUGGUAGCAGUGAUAGAGCCACUUCAAGGUGCAUUUGGAGAAUCCGGGUUACUAGUUCUUCCUUGCGUUGCAGCACAUCUAAACCAGGUCAUUUGAUUUUUUUCUAAACCAGUUUCUAAUAUUUUCAUCCUCAUGCUAACCUAAAAGUCUUUGUAGAUUAUUAUGGACUCUUUUCUCGUUAACUUCAUGCGUCCUAGAGACAAUUCCAAUGAUGCCAAGGUGGUUUAAGCAGUGGAAACACUGGUCAUCAUCGAUGGUUAUCUGCAGAUCCAUGUGCCAGCACAUUGAGCUACAUCUUAGGAAAUGUUGAGAUAAAAGAUGUUUAAAAAUUUGCUUGGUUUCAUUUCCUACUGGAUAAGUAACCAAUAUAUAAUAUGCUCCUGUAUAUUGUUCAAUCUGGAAGUUUGCUGCAGCAUAUAGUUUCAGAUCUUUACAUUGUUUGGUGACUAUUUUUUUCUUCUCUUUAUGGGUUGGGGGACUUCAAAGUAGGAGGUCUACUACGUCCAUAUAUAUGUUGUGCAAUGGAAAUGGUAGGCAUUUCAUAUUCACUUGUUGAGGAUUCUUUAAAACGCUAUACCGAUAA